AUGCUCGAGUCGGCGUCGAGCCGAGUCAAUUCCACUAAUACUGAGGGAACAAAUUUCCUCUUCAUCGGCGGUUUGAUAAUGGCGGUCAGCGUGGAAAAAUGUGAUCUUCAUAAAGGAGUUGCCCUUCGGUGCUCCGUCUCGUCGGCAGUCAACCGAGUCGGGAUCAUGGCCGGUUUCACAGGAUUGUCACCGCGUUAUAUCAGCAGUCGAUUGGCUUGUGGAAAAAAUGGCCACCGGGUUUUGUGUUGUCGAUUUGUUCAUGGCGAAUACGGUGCAGGAACGGGCACAGCCACGGGGACACCCUCAAAUCUUGCGAUGCUUGGGCAAUUAACAAACCUUCCUCGCCGAGGACGGCGCUCCGUUGAACUACAUCUCGUGGAUUUCUUCGCCGUCCCGUUGAUGUUGAAGGCUCCGGGAGAGGAUGGUACGUCACAAAGAUGCUUCACGAAAGAUAUGAGCAAUUGCCGAGUAACGAUGAUGGUUCGGAGGGAUUAUGCAUGGCGAUUGCGAUGUUUGGUGACAAAUAUUUGCUCGAACACGGUGAGCCGCGAGCAUCUUCGUGCUGAUCGUCGCCACUUUGGCGCAAGAGGUCCCGAAAUCCAUCCGGCUCAACUGAUGUUACCCACGACUCUUGCCUGU